CGAAUAAACUUGUAUAUGGCUCGAAUUAUUAUAUUAUACUGAUUACCACGUUGAAAUAAACCGCGAUUCUACUGUUAUUUUCCAUCUGUCAACCAUCCACGAUACUUUUAAACCUCCAAAUUUUCGGCAAAAAAUUCUACUGUUGUACACAAUAUCGUCCGGACAUUCAAAACUUUUGCUACAAAAUUAUUUCAACUAUUUCGACGAAAAUCUCAACAACUCGAUUAAAUUUAUCUUAAUCAUAGAUACGACUCGAUUCCCCACGAGAAAAGCCUCGAGUUACAUCAUGUCCUGUUUCGGCGGUCACGACGAGCAGAUCUAUCUAAUCGAGAUAUUAAUCGAUAAAUUGACAUUGACGCCCGGUAAAAUCAAAGACAUCGGCGAACACCCUAUCGUGAUCAAGAUCAAACUUUUAGACUUUCCCGUGUUUGAGUUCACGCGAGACGAUUCGGACGCAUCAAAGCGUGAUCAAGAUGUGCGUUUUAUGGUUGGUAAAUGCUGCCUAUUUGUCAAGCGACCGCGAGAUUUGGUCCAAGGAUUACGCUCGUCGAGUCUUAAGAUCGGCGUGUUUCGCGCGGACGAGACUUAUCCCACGGCGGAGGCCGAAUUGACUCUGCCAGGCUGUUUGUGUGAUCAGAUUUCCAUGCUCGGUAAUGAUCCAGAAAAUCAGCCGAAACCUUUUAUGGUGAAGGGCGGCAUCCACCUCGUAGAUCCAGGCGAAGAGCCGUCUGGCACGCUACAUAUGGAACUCAUCGUCGCAUGCCUCGGACGUAUCUUCAAGACGCACUACGAGUUGAGGCCUAAAUCUUUCAUUUCCGGCGAGCAGGACAAGGAACGGGAGAUCCGCGUGACGCGAUUUGUACCGCCCGAGUUUCUCGAUAAGGAAAUCUCCAAGGAUGUGGUAUUGCAGGAGAUUACUCCAAAACCGAAAGUUAAAAAAGCGAAAGCUAAAAAACGGAAAGAUAAGAAAGCAAAGAAAGGUAAAAAAAAGAAAGAUAAAAAGUAA